CCUCACAAACACUUCAGUCUAAUCAUCGGAGAUGCAAUCUAGCGCUCAUGAUGCAUUAAGUAUCCAAAGCGCCUUCACACCAAGCUGGGCUCCGCUUGUGAACAGAACAAUUAUCAGACCUGAGAGCUACUGAGCAUCUCUGUCCCGGAAGGAUGCUUAAGGCCCCAGGCAUUAACACCUCUGUCAAUAAUUCACGACUCUAGCCUUCUCUCACUCAAAACUCUGACUCCAGUCGUCCCGACGCCUGAGACCGAACAAACGCCCCAGACCACUGAGCAUCCGAAAUAAUUCUUAGGGGAAAAGGUCAGAUCUCUGAGUGAGGACGUCAAUAAAGUAAAGUACUCCAGAAACUCGAUCCUUGGCAUCCUCGCCUCUCUCGCCUCUCCUCGCCCGCUGGGUGCUGAAGUUGGACGGAUGGCAGCAAAGCGGCUCCGCUAGAGGACCCAGCAGCCCAGCCUCGCGCCCCCGGACCCAUCGCUGAGCCGCCCACACCUCCAGGCUCCUGGCCAAUCGGGUACUACAGUAGCUGACAUGCGAAAAAGGCAGCAGUCACAGAAUGAAGGAACACCUGCUGUGUCUCAAGCACCUGGAAGCCAGAGGCCCAACAACACAUGUUGCUUUUGUUGGUGCUGUUGCUGCAGCUGCUCUUGCCUCACUGUUAGGAACGAAGAAAGAGGUGAAAUGGCAGAAAGACCCACACAUACCACAAAAAUGGAGAGUAUCCAGGUCCUAGAGGAAAGCCAAAACCCCACUUCAGAUGAAGUCUUGUCCUGGUCUCAAAAUUUUGACAAGAUGAUGAAGGCCCCAGCAGGAAGAAACCUUUUCAGAGAGUUCCUCCGAACAGAAUAUAGUGAAGAGAACCUGCUUUUCUGGCUUGCCUGUGAAGACUUAAAGAAAGAACAGAACAAAAAAGUAAUUGAAGAAAAGGCCAGAACGAUAUAUGACGAUUACAUUUCUAUACUAUCACCAAAAGAGGUCAGUCUCGAUUCUCGAGUUAGAGAGGUGAUCAAUAGAAAUCUGUUGGAUCCUAAUCCUCACAUGUAUGAAGAUGCCCAACUCCAGAUUUAUACCUUAAUGCACAGAGAUUCUUUUCCAAGGUUUUUGAACUCUCAAAUUUAUAAGUCAUUUGUUGAAAGUACUGCCAGCUCUACUUCUGAAUCUUAAUUUUCAUUAAAAAAAAAAAAAUCAUUUUGGAGGGCUGGGAUAGGAAAUUAGUUAAAUAACACCAGAAACUGAGUUCCUGGAGAACUACAGUUUAGCAUUCCUCAGGCUACUGUGAAAAUACAACCAUAUGGUCUUUGUCUCCAUUUUUAUCAAGGUUACCCAUGGGUAAGUUUGGGGAAAAUAUCACAUAAAACAAUGAAUUGCCAAAUUACGUUUGUUUUAUUCAACACUCAUUCUACUUGCAAGCAAACUGUAUUUGUAGUCCUGUGAAGAGUCUACUAGUGUACCUCCAGAGGCUGCAUGUGCGAAGUAAAACUGCUUCAUUUGCCACGUAGUUGUUGUAAUAUUUAAUCCAAUGGCAUAACUUAUAUCUGUAUUUAAAGACUUUUGUGCAAUAUGGUCUUAUAGAAAUAACUGCCAAAAAGUUGGCUAUGGUUCACAUUUUUAAAUAUGAUCUAAGACAGAAAAAGCCAAUUUUGAAAUUGUAACAAUGGUAUUCAACAUGCUAUAUGCUGUGUCUAGUAUACUAAUUUUGAAGCCGAUAUUUCUGUACAUGAAAAAAAGAGCUAUUUAUCUCUGUUUGUUGGAAGAUCCUAAUGGGCGGGGGGUGGUGGGGUUCCUCUGGUUGUUCACUGCCAAAACUGUGGCAUUUUCAUUACAGAAGAGUUUGUUGUGUAAAAAACAGUAAGGCAAAAAGAGAAAAAAAAAGCACAAAAUAAUUUGAAGAUAUUCUAUUUCACUGACAAAUCAAAGAGUAAUAGUGUUUUUAAUUGUAAUUGAAGAAAAUGAUUUUAUGUAUAUAUCACAUGUCCAAUACUGUAAUUAAUUUAUUAAAGACUGGCUCUCCAGUUCUAAAACAGUUGUGUAAAGUAUGUACUUUAGCAAGAAAAAAAAAAAAUAAGCUUGAAAACUUAGUUCUUGAAUAUGAAGAAAGGAUUUAAUAAAGGAACGCCUACAUGUAGCAUCAUAAAACAUUUCUAUGAAAAGCA